GAAAAAUUCUUCUUUCCUUGAAUUAAAAUGGCUCUGAUUUUCCCAUCAAAUUCAGCUGUUUAUUCUUCCUCAUCCAACACCAAGUUCUACGUAAGUUCAUCUCAAAACUCAAACCCAGAUUUCAAUUUCAAUUUCAAUCUCUUAAAAACUAAAAAAAUCCCAUCUUUAACCUCAAAAUCAAAAAUCAAUAACAGUCCAAUCCAAACUCCACAAAAACCACUAAAUUUCUUCACUUGUAGAGAUGGAAUGAACUCAUCUAAUGUUGAAGAAGAAAGAAUUGAUAUGGAUUAUGAUUAUGAUGCUGAAAAUCUAGAAUCACCAUGGGAAGGAGCUGUUAUUUACAAAAGAAACCCAUCAAUUACACAUUUGGAGUAUUGUACUACUUUAGAGAGAUUAGGGUUUGGAGAAGUCUCUUCUGAUGUAUCAAAAUCUAUGGCUUCAAAAAUGGGAUUGAGGGUUACAAAAUCUGUUAAGGAUUUUCCAUUUGGAACACCUGUACAGAUCUCUAUAGAUGUUACCAGGAAGAAACACAGGUUAAGACUUGAUGGAGUUAUCAAAACUGUGCUUGGUCUUAGCUGCAAUAGGUGUGGUGGACCAGCAGCCGAGGGUGUAUUCUCGAACUUCACUCUUUUACUAGAUGAAGAACCAAUUGAAGAACCUGAGGUCAUCGAUAUGGGUGUCAUAUUUGGAGAGGAGAAAUCCUCCAAAACUUCAUCUUCCCUAAAUGAGGGGGAAGCAGAUGAUUAUGAAGAUUCUUUAAUCGACUUAGACGAUCGUCUCUACUUUCCUCCUGAAGAUAGAGAAAUCGAUAUUUCGAAAAAUAUCCGUGACUUGGUUCACAUAGAGAUCACCAUAAAUGCGAUAUGUGAUACAAAUUGCAAAGGUAUAUGCCUAAAAUGUGGUACGAAUCUCAACCUUGGUAGUUGUAAUUGUAAUAGAAAGGAGGAGAAGAAGGUAAACUAUGGACCUCUUGGAGAUCUAAGAAAGCAAAUGCAGCAGAAGUAACUUCAUGUUUUGCUAGAAAUUAGAGAUCUCUAUUUAUGUUUUUAAGAAUCUUUUGCUGGGUUCUGUAAAUGUCAAUUUCGUUUUUUGUUUAGUCCUCCCCCCUAUUGUGGGUAAAAUAUUUAAAAACAAUGGAAAUACCAGUGUAUAUUGACAGCUGAUAACAGACUUUGUGCGUCA